CGCGAGCCAGCCAGUCACCCACUCACUCCCUCGCUCACUCCCUCCGUCACCAAGCAACCACCGACUACUGUACACCGUAAGCUGAGGCUGAGUCGCGCCGCGCCAUGACGGCCACUGCCACUCGACUCCACUCGUCGCCCGCCAGUGUCAGCGCGGGGCUGCCGCACAACCACCAACUACGGAAAAAUCAAGUCCCUCCCAGUAUUGAUUCGAAGCCCUAGAUGUACAGACAGGGCCCCCGCGGCCACAAAUAUCCAUCGGAUCAUGGCGGAACUUGCCUUCCAUCGCCUCGAGUUCCGCCCGACGUCGACCCUGUUAUGCCGCCAGUGCCAGAGCGCCAAACACCCUCUAGCACCCGGCUUCGGCCCUUCUCUAAUAUACACUCAUGGUACCUCCUCGCCCCAAGCAUAACGUGCGUCGGUGUUAGAGAUGCCUUUCUUCCUGAAACCGCGCCCUCAACAACACCCCGGCUGUUUCUUUGGUGCCCACGCGCCCCUUUCUGCGCAUACCGAGUCCCCGCCUAUCCGUCCAACUGCCGCUCUACGAACAUGCCACCACGGUAUCCACUUGGCACACGCAAGCCACGCCCGGUGGCUGUUCUGCUUUUUCUUAUUUCCGCGGCCACCUAGACUCAUGACACGGUCCUCCCACCCCAAAAAAAGAAGCGCACAAACCCGUAAAGCAAAAAAUAAAAUAAAAAACAGUACAAAGGUCGUGCGGACCUUCGUUCGUCCGUCUCCAUGUCUGAUCGCAGGAGUUUAAAAAAAAAACAAAAAGGUACGUAACCAACUAGCUAGCGGACACCAUGUUUUCGGACUACUUACGGGGUAUUUUCCACUAAGACAACCCACGCGGCGCCACCACCUCCACCACCUCCACCUCCAAACACCUGUCAUGGCAAUCAGGUACACGUUCGAAACAACGCCACAAAACAAUUGGCCCUGUACAUACGUAUGACGUGAAAUCCUGUUUCUAA